GAGUAAAGAAAAAACUUGAGAAGGAUAUUCUAAUUAUAACAACAAAAUGUACAGAAUUAUGAAAGAAUUUGAAAUGCUUCUGAUUGGGAUGAUAGUAAAAUUAAAAUAUUGGCUCUUUGGAAUGAAAAACAAUUAGAUUAUUGAAAGCAAUGUUUGGAAGAACAUGGAAUUUUUGUGUAUUUAAGACAAUAAAACAGAAAUAUUUUGGUAUAAUUGUUGAAGAGUUUAUUGACAUUUAAAAAAAAAAGAAAAAAGCUGUUGUGAAGGAAAAUUAAUUGGAAUAAUUGGAGGCAGAUGAUCAUUAAGAAAAGACAAUAUAAUUGGACAAAUGCAUUUUGUUGUCAGAGGACCAGAAGGAACACCUUAUGAAGGUGGUUUUUAUCAUGGGAAAUUAGUAUUUCCCAGUGAAUUUCCUUUUAAGCCACCCAGUAUUUACAUGAUUACACCAAAUGGUCGGUUCAAGUGUAAUACAAGGCUAUGUUUAAGCAUUAGUGACUUCCAUCCAGAUACCUGGAAUCCUGCCUGGUCUGUUUCAACAAUUUUAACUGGCUUGUUAAGUUUUAUGGUUGAAAAAAAUCCUACAUUAGGAAGUAUAGAGACAUCAGAUUUUGAAAAAAGACAAUUGGCUUUGCAAAGUUUAGAUUUUAAUUUAAAAGAUCCAACUUUCUGUGAAAUGUUUCCGGAAGUAGUUGAGGAAAUAAAGACUAGUGCUGAAAGAUUAAUGAGGAGAAAUGGUUUUGUGAAUCGUUUAGAAAAUGAUUUGGACCAGAACAAUCCAGACCAAAUAUAUCAAGAACAGGCACCUGCAGCAAUGGGCAGCACCCUUACAAACAUCUUUGUAAUCAUGGGUUUUGCUGUUUUUGCUUAUGUUGUAAAAUAUGUUUUGAGCAUUGUUAAAUGACAUACAACUACCA